AUGGCUGCUGACCUUCGCGGUCUGAACCUCAUCGCCGCGCAUUCGCACAUCCGCGGCCUCGGCGUCGAUGCAACGAGCCUCGAGCCCCGAGCCGCGUCUCAGGGCCUCGUCGGCCAGGAAAAGGCGCGCAAGGCCGCCGCGGUGAUUCUGCAGAUGAUCAAGGAUGGCAAGAUUGCUGGCCGCGCCGUCUUGAUCGCUGGUCCGCCAAGCACGGGUAAAACUGCCAUUGCCACCGGAAUGGCGCAGUCACUAGGCUCCGACGUUCCCUUCACGACCCUCGCGUCAUCCGAAAUUUUCUCCCUCGAAAUGUCAAAAACCGAAGCUCUCACGCAAGCCUUCCGCAAGUCAAUUGGGGUCCGCAUAAAGGAGGAGAGCGAGAUCAUGGAGGGAGAGGUUGUCGAGAUCCAGAUUGACCGCAGCGUCACCGGCAGCGCCAAGCAGGGCAAGCUGACCAUCAAGACGACUGACAUGGAGGCUGUGUACGACAUGGGCGCGAAGAUGAUUGACGCAAUGACCAAGGAGCGCGUCAUGGCGGGCGACAUCAUCUCUAUCGACAAGUCGUCUGGAAAGAUUACGAAGCUGGGCCGAUCAUACGCUCGAUCCCGCGACUACGAUGCCAUGGGCGUUGACACAAAGUUUCUGCAGUGCCCCGAUGGAGAACUGCAAAAGCGCAAGGAAGUCAUCCACACUGUGACGCUGCACGAAAUCGACGUCAUCAACUCACGAACACAGGGAUUCCUGGCUCUCUUCUCCGGCGACACUGGCGAGAUUCGCAGCGAGAUUCGCGAUCAGAUCAACACCAAGGUUGGGGAGUGGAAGGAGGAGGGCAAGGCCGAGAUUGUUCCCGGCGUGCUGUUCAUCGACGAGGUGCACAUGCUCGACAUUGAGUGCUUCUCCUACAUCAACCGAGCCCUGGAAGACGACCUGGCGCCAGUCGUCAUCAUGGCCAGCAACCGAGGCCAGUCGCGCAUUCGAGGCACCGAUUACAAGAGCCCACACGGCCUGCCCCUGGAUUUCCUGGACCGCGUCGUCAUCAUCAACACGCACCCCUAUAAUGCGGAGGAGAUCCAGAAGAUCCUGUCCAUUAGGGCGCAGGAGGAGGAGAUUGACGUCUCAGCAGACGCCCUUGCCCUGCUGACCAAGAUUGGUCAGGAGGCCGGUCUUCGAUACGCGAGUAACCUCAUCACCACAUCGCAGCUCGUCUCAGCGAAGCGGAAGUCUAAGCAAGUCGGCAUCGAGGACGUCAAGCGGUGCUUCCAGCUCUUCUACGACCCGGCCAGGAGUAUCGAGUUUGUCAACAAGUCCGAGAAGCGGUUGAUUGGCAACGACGGUGGCGUCGACCUGUCAGUCCAGAACGGCAGCACUGCCCCUGCUGCUGCCGCCACCGGCUCUGAGAACAUGGACUUGAGCUAGAGGCUGUGAAUAAGGGUGCUGAAAGAGAUAUCCAGAUGGCUGGCGUUUAUUUUGGGCAAAUCGUGAGGCGAAAA